AAAACGGUGUGUUCCCUCUCUUUAAAACAAACACCAACUACUCUUUCUCUCUCUCACUUUCUCCCACUAAAACACUAUAUAUAUGGAAGCGCCGAAAUACUUUGUCGGAGGCUAUUUUUCCGACGGAGGAGAUGACCAAUUCUCUCAGCAGGAUAAGCACCACGCUGACCAGAAAAUCAGUGAGUCUUUCGCCAUUGAUGACCUCCUCGACUUCUCCCACGCCGACGAUAUUAUGUCCAACGGUUUCUUCGACAAUGUAGCCGGGAAUUCCACCGACUCCUCCACCGUCACUGUUGUUGACAGCUGCAACUCCUCAAUUUCGGGCAGCGACAAUCGCUUCGCCGCAGCUAUUGUCCCUCGCAGCUACGCCGGUGAUCCUCAAUUCUUCGGAAAACUCUGCGUUCCGGUAAGUAAUUCUCCGAGGUUGACCACUGGAUGAUGGAAUAAACAGAUAAUUGUGAUGAUUCGAGUUAGUUUAAAUUAAAUUCGUUUGUUGUUUUUGAAAUUGAAUUUUCUCUUCUCGUGAUUUUGUGACAGUAUGAUGAUAAGGCGGAACUAGAAUGGCUCUCCAACUACAUUGAUGACUCGUUCUCCGCCGAGGAGGAGUUGAAAACGCCGCAGCUACUGUCCAGUGUCGCUGCGUCUACCAUUUUUGGCACGUAACCGCAGACGCUAGAGUCCUCGUCCUCCACCGACACGCAACCAUCGUUCGCUUCCUACGAAACCGCUCGGAAUGCACCGUUUUUCACACGGAUGUCAACAUCCGUUUUACAUGUUGAGAAACCUGCACCACCACCACCAAGAUCCGUUGCAUGCACAGGGGACCA